AUGGCUGGUGGACACGGACCUACAACCCUUCACCGGGAUCCCGCUAUCGACAGACACUACACCCUCCGCGAGAACUACGAGGCCUACUACAGAUGGACCCCCAAGAACGCUCGCUAUGCCCUCAUCUUCCUCGUCGCCAUCCCCGGUGCUCUUCUCUACACCUCCUACAAAUUCGAGGGCAAGAUCAACUUCGAGGCCAAGAAGCGUGGAGAAAGCAUUUUUGAGAAGUGA